CAGCUUGAGCGGAAGCUUCCCCGCAGUGAAGUGACCGUUUUACCCUUUUAAGUCCACGCUUCCCUCAUCGGUCUUCCUUCCUAAAUAUAUUGAUCACUAUUGCAAGUCUUUCUUUAUGUUUUUUAAUUCAACCCAACGACUCCAAUACGCCUAAUUACCAAAGCUUUUAAAUUAAUUAAUAUUUUAAGUUUCCGCAUGAAGAUGCGUGCAGUGCAGCUUGAGAGGAGGCUUCCCCCGCAGGUAUUUAGAAUGCAUCUGUGUGGAAGAUCCAAUGUCUGUUCUGCAUCUUAAUCUGCACGAUUAAAUUCAGUGGUUGUUAAUUUUACAUAUCAUGAUCAAUCCGCUAAUUUUCCAUAUCUCAAGUGUGAAGGGCAAGCAAUUUAAAGUUCCUCCUGUUCAAAUCACCCAGAACCCAGGUUGCUAGCUAGGUUUUGUGUUCAAAUUUCGUUUUUGUUAUUUAUUUCGUUUUCUUUUCGGCGUUUGAAGGCCUCUGUGCUGAGGCUCAGUGAUAGCAGUGGUGAGUUUCUUUUUCAGAGAUUCCUUCUUCCCAGUAAUAUAUCAAUUAUUUAGGUCUGUUAGGGUUUUUUUAUUGCCAAGUUUUAUACAACAUAGUUAGUGAAGACACAGGUAUUUGAGAAAUAUUUAAUGGCAUGGCAGAUAUUUCUCAGCAAAACUGAGAGAGUAGUUAUAUUUUGUUUAAAUAUUUGUAUAGUUUUUGGUAGGGAUUAGCUUUAUGGCACUCCAGAUCUUCAGCGACUGAUCAGAGCCUAUUACCAAUCUGCUGCUACUCUAAACCUUCUCAGGGUGUUCGUCACCGGAACUUACGCAUCUAUGCAGAGGGUAGUGGAACUUGGAUUUUACAGAUCACAGCGAGCAGGGUGAUAGGAUUAGGAAUUUAGGAUUCCUAUAAGUUUGUGGCGGGAGGGUGGAGUGGUUUCAAGACGACAUCGUUGAUAGUCGAGGCUCAUCUGUGAAAAAUUAGAGAAACCACAUAACAGAAGAAAACUUCUCGUCUACCAAACAUCCAAGAGGCAAGUCUUAAAAUGAUGAUGAAUCCUUUCAGGAGUACGAUGGCGAUGAGCACUGGAGAAACCUGUACACCUUUCCCUGCUUCAGCUUCUCAAUGGAAAUAUGAUGUGUUUUUGAGUUUUAGAGGUGAAGACACUAGAAAGGGAUUCACAGACCACUUACACACUGCAUUGGAAAGUCAUGGAAUAAUAACUUUUAGGGAUGACCCUAAACUUCAUAAAGGGGAAUCUAUUUCUCCAGGACUUCUUACUGCAAUUGAACAAUCAAGAUGUGCACUCAUCGUUCUCUCAGAAAAUUAUGCAUCAUCAUCAUGGUGCUUGAUUGAACUUUUACAUAUUCUUAAGUGCAUGGAAGCAAGAGCAGCAGUGCUACCAAUUUUUUAUAAUGUUGAUCCCUCUGAUGUACGAAAGCAAACAGGACGUUUUGCAGAAGCCUUCAUUAAAUAUGGAAACAACCCUGGGGCUGACGAAAAGGAGGUGGAAAGUUGGAGAUAUGCUUUAAUGAAAGUGGCAAAUUUCUCCGGGUGGGAUUCAAGGGACUGGUAUGAAGCAAGGCUUGUCAAAGAUAUUGUUCAAGUGGUAUGGAAAAAGUUGCGCCCAACAUUAUCAUGUCAUGUGGGAGACAUUGUUGCCAUCGAUUCAAGGUCGAAACCAGUUAUUAAUUUGUGUUUAGAUGCAACGUUGAAUGAUGGUUGCUUUAUUGGGAUAUGGGGGAUGGGCGGUAUUGGUAAGACAACUAUUGCAAGAGUUGUGUACGAGAGAAUCUCUCAUGAGUUUGAAUUCCAAAUAUUUCUAGCUGAUGUUAGAAGUACUGUCGAACAAGGUGGUCUACCUCACCUGCAAAAGCAACUUCUUUGUAAAAUCGGGAUGGAAGAAAAUGACAAAUGGGAUGUUCAAGAAGGAGCAGCAAUCAUACGCAGGUUCCUAUGUGGCAAAAAGGUUCUUUUAGUUCUUGAUGAUGUGAACCAUUUGCAUCAAUUAGAAUAUUUGGCUGGAAAUCAAGAGUGGUUUGGAUUGGGGAGCAGAGUUCUCAUUACAACUAGAGAUGAGCAUUUGCUACUUAAACACGGAGUGGAGAGACGGUUUGAGGUUAAAGGACUCAAUAACGAUGACUCUCUUCAACUUUUUAGCCGGAAUGCCUUUAAGAAAGAUUGCCCUGAACCUUGUUUUGUUCAUUUGUCAAAUCGUGUGGUAAAUUAUGCCAAAGGUCUUCCACUAGCUCUUAAAGUCUUGGGAUCUUUUUUGUACGGAAGAGAUUUAAGUUCAUGGAACAAUGUGUUGGAUAAACUAAGAGAAAUUUGUAAUUCAGAAGUUUUUGAGACACUUAAAAUAAGUUACGAUGCUCUAGAUGACAAUGAGAAGAAAAUUUUUCUAGACAUUGCAUGUUUCUUUAAUGGAGAGGAAAAAGAUGGAGUAAGACAGGCACUUGAAGCUAGUGGUUUUUAUGCACAUAUUGGAAUAGAUGUCCUUAUUGAGAAAUCUCUCUUAACUGUUAAUUCAGUCGGUCAGCUGUCGAUGCAUGAUUUACUCCAAGAAAUGGGUCAAGAAAUUGUCCGUCGAGAGUCUCCUGAUGAUCCAGGCAAGCGUAGCAGGUUGUGGCGUACAGAUGACAUCAAUCGUGUCCUGAGCGAAAAUGCAGGAACAGAAACAAUUGAAUGUAUAAUCAUGGACCCAGAUGAGCUAGGAGCAGUCCAAGUGAAUGCUAAAUCCUUUUCAAUGAUGAAAAAUCUGAGAUUCCUCCGGCUAUAUAAUGAGAACCUCUUUAACAGGCUUGAAUAUCUUCCCAAUAGUUUGCAGUUUCUUCAAUGGUGCAGCUUUCCUCUAAAAACUUUGCCGUCAUCUUUUUGUCCAGAGCAUCUAGUGGAACUUCACAUGGUGUAUAGUAGCCUUGAACAUCUUUGGAAGGGAAUAAAGCAUGCGUACAAUUUGAAAAUCCUUGAUCUUAGUGAGUCUCCAGUUCUUGUGGAAACUCCAGACUUCAGAGGUAUGCCAAAUCUGGAGUAUCUGAAUCUUUCACUUUGCGACCAAUUGUAUGAAGUUGACCAGUCUCUGGGGACACUUGAAAGACUUCAGGUUCUGAUGUUGAUUGGUUGCAGAAACCUUGCGCAUCUUCCAAGAAGUGUAUCUGGUUUAAAGUCUCUGAGAGUUCUUGAUGUUUAUGGUUGCUCAAGGCUUAAAAAUUUGCCAGAAGACUUGGGCCAUGUUGAGAGUUUGGAACGGCUUGAUGUGUGUGGAACUGCUAUAACUGAACCACCUUCUUACAUUGGUCUUUUUAGGAACCUGAAGAAAUUAUCAUUCGACAGUUUUACAAAAUAGAAGUUCAAGUUGGCCACAUUUGUGGUUGUCUUCUUCAUCUGGUUGGCAAUCUUUAACGCACUUGAGUCUACGAGACUGCAAGAUUUUGGAUGGAGGAAUUUUAAAUGAUAUCGGCUGCCUCUCCUCAUUAAGGCAUUUGGUUCUAGCCCGAAAUCCUCUUUCUAGCUUACCCAUGAGUAUUUGUCAACUCUCCAAACUUGAAUACCUUGAUGUGUCUGGUUGCUACUGUCUUCAAACAUUAAUCCCAGAGCUUCCUUCUGCAAUAUCUUUUGUUAACGCUUCCAAUUGCACGGCAUUGGAAUCAGCUCGUGUAGACAUGAUUAAGCUUUUUGCUAACUGUUUCAAGCGGGUGGAGAAGCAAGUUUGCACGAGUAUGAUAUUUGAUUGUCUAGGAUGCAAGUUUGUGGUUCCUGGAAGUGAAAUUCCAGAGUGUCAUGUUAUAUGAAUUUGGUUGAUU